GUAUCGUUCUCUAUUAUGUUCUGAUGAAGGCACUUGGUGUAUAACAAUCUGUGAUAUAUGAUAUAUACAUAUCUGUAAAUUAGCACACUACAAACUUUAAAAGUAUCAGAAACUAAACGAUGAUUAAUAGCAGUACUGUAUCAAUUACAAUGCUUCUCGUUCGUACUAAAUUGCGGAAAAGCGAGGAGUCGCUCGGCUCAUCGCCAAAUAUUACUGCCCAGCAGCAGUAUCCUCUUUACAAUUCUUUUGGGGAGUUUAUGUCAGAUCAACAACAAAGUAUGCCGCCUGAAGAAAUGGACAAUAACAAAGGCGGCGCCAUAAAAGACAGUCAACACAUUACAUUUGUGCGCGCCAGUAGGAUAGAAACAUGGACGUUUCCUCCCAAGGCACCAAUUCCACAUAUUUAUAAAAACAUCAGCCCGGAUCUACUAAUGGCGUCAAGUGACAGAAACGGUUUCAAAGGAUUUCGAAAGCAGUUUAGUGGACGGUUCAAGCGUUUAGUAAAUAAAAAACCGGACCCCGAACCAGUGAUACCACCAGAAUUAAAGUCUCAGCUGAAGACUAUUUAUGUCUACUAAAUAAAAAAAAUAUUGUACAUACAUGAAAAAAAUAAAAGGUAUACUUAUAUGUAAA